AUAUAGUUCGAAAAUAUAAAAAAAGCGCUUUUUUAAAUGGAAGUUGACCCGCCAUUAGUACAUCGUCGCAAAUCAGUUGAGUUUCAAGAUUUUGAGAAGUUUAAAAUUCUUUCAAAGAAUUUUACAAAACAGUACUGUAACAUAUACAAUGCACGAUUAACAGCAUUGAAAGAUCAUCUCUUGCAACAGGCGAAAAUCAAGUGGGGUAAAUCACAAUACAAAGUUGUGACGAUAUCGGAAGUUUCUGAAAGAACUGAAAAUAAUGAUUCUAUCGUAAUAGGAACAUUAUAUAAACAUCAGGAAUUAAAGCCAUCAAUAUUACGUGAACUUAGUGAAGAAUUACAAUUAGCAACUCAACCGGCUAGAUCAAAUUAUGCAUCAUUUAAAGAUGUAUUAUAUUUGGAAGAUGAAUCAUUACGUAUUAAAUUGGUCGGAAAUCACAUGAAUAUUCAAGAUGCAGUUACCGGUGUUGUUUGUGCUGUAUUAGGGCAUGAAUUGGAAAAUGGUUCAUUUUUAGUAAUAGAUUGGUGUUACCCAGGAUGUUGUCCAAAGCCAUCAGCAUUUAACAAGUUGUCAUCAGAUAAAGGAAAAAUUUUGAUAAUGUCAGGAUUAGAUCUAGCAAAUAAUACACAUUUAUUAAGUUUAAAUCUUUUAUCUGAAUGGAUAACUGGAAUGAUUGGUUGUAAAAAAAGUCAAAUAGAUGUGGCAUCUAUUGUGUAUAUUAUUAUAGCAGGAAACAGCAUAAGAGGAUCAGUGGAAACACAUAAUCAUAAAGGAUAUUUUGAAAAUAAAGCACACGAUGAAGCUGUAUUUAAAGAGACAGCAAUAAUAGCUCACAAACUAGACAAUUUUCUUCAUCCCAUAGUACAAUGCUGUCCCGUAAUAUUACUACCUGGAGAAUUUGAUCCAACGUGUCAUACAAUACCUCAACAGCCACUUCAUCCUUGUGUUUUGCCUCAAUGUGCUAGGUUUAAAAGUUUCUAUGGAGCAACUAAUCCAUGGAUUGGUAGUAUCAAUUCCCGUAUUAUAGCUGGAUCUAGCGGUCAACCUAUUAUAGAUAUUAUGAAAGUUGCUGGUCUUGCUAAUGUUUCACCAUUGACAUGGUUAGAACGUACAUUAGAUUGGCAACAUUAUGCACCAACAGCACCAGAUACUAUACCAACUUAUCCAUCUUGCAAGACUGAUCCAUUUGUUAUGACAGAGUGUCCUGAUGUAUAUUUUGCUGGUAAUAUGGACAAAUAUGAUACUAAACUACUCACAGCAGAGGAAGGACAAAUAAUUAGAUUGAUAUGCAUUCCAAAAUUUUCUAAGACACAAACAGUUGUGUUAGUUGAUUUACAAGAUUUAGAAUGUUGGCCUAUUUCUUUUGUUGUUAAUUAAUUUGUUAAUGCAUUUAAUUACUAUAUCUUAAAACAUGGACAGAAAAUAAUAAUCAAAUGCAAAAUUUUUUUUAUAACUUCAACAUAAUUUGUACAUAGUAAAU